GAAGUUGCAUCCUCUCUCGGGAGGCCCACUCGUGGUACUCUUUGAUUCCUUGCUAUCAUAUCUCUAAAAUCUCACAUCAGGUAAAGAACUUGAGAGAAAAACUGAGUUCAGACAUCUUCAAAAGAGCACUCGCCGAAACAGCUACUAAAUUCUAUAGUCCAACAUAUCAUUCCGACUCGGGAAAACAAAUGGCCGCCAUAAAAAACCCGACAAACCUACGAGUGCUCAUCUCGGGAAUUGGGAUCGCCGGGCCUGUGGCCGCCUAUUGGCUCAGCAAGGCGGGUGUCUCAGUCACCGUGUUGGAGCGCUGUGAUUGCCUUCGAAAGGAGGGACAAACCGUUGAUAUUCGGAACGAAGGUGUGAAGAUCAUGAAAUGGAUGAGAGUCGAGGAAGAGGUCCGAAGACGAACAACAAAGGAACUCGGAAUCAAAUUUGUGGAUUCCAAGAAUCAGACUUGGGCUGCUUUUCCUCAGUCCGGCGAGGGGAGCUUCACGAGCGAGUUUGAGAUCGUCAGGGGCGAGCUGGCGACGAUCUUCUACGAGGCUUCAGGGGAUAAAAUCGAGUAUAUCUUUGGGGAUUCGAUUGAUUCGAUCGAAGAGACCGGCCAUUCGGUCAAAGUGACCUUGCAGAAAGACAGCGCAAGACACAUGGAAUACGAUAUCCUGAUUGUCGCCGAGGGACUCACUUCACGGACCCGCGCCAAAGCCUUCAACGAGGACGUACGCGCUCCGAUUCGAAGCUUGAAUCUCUGGGCCGCCUCGUUCUCGUACAAACAAGGAGACACGGACGAGGACUGGGCACGCUGGUACAACAUUCCAAACCGCCGGGGCUUCCUCGUUCGGCCAGAUGGGUUCGGCAGGGUACGAGCCUCGGCCAUGUGUAUCGAUGACGGGGAGGCUAUCAAGGCAAUCGCCAGCUCGCGCACCUCGACCGAGAAGCAGAAGGAAUACUUUAUCAAUACCCAUAAAGGAACCGGUUGGGAGUCCGACAGAAUCCUUGAAGGCCUGCGUACGGCCGAUGACCUCUACGUGCAAGAGAUUGCUCAGACCAAGGCUAAAACAUGGUCCAAGGGUAGAGUAGUCUUAGUGGGCGAUACGGCCUUCUGUCCCUCGGCGGUCACUGGCAUGGGUACAACGGCGGCCAUCACGGGUGCAUACGUUCUCGCCGCUGAGAUCGUCAAGAACCCGUCCGAUCAUCGCGCCGCAUUCUCCGCCUAUGAAGGUAGCUUGCGCGACUGGAUCGAGAAGGUCCAGAAGCUCCCCCCGGGCGUGCCGAAUCUGAUGCAUCCCCAAACUGGAUGGGGAAUCAAAUGCUUCCUUGGGUUCAUGUUUCUCGUCUCGACGGUCGUUAACAGUCGGCUUUUUGCGCUCUUGAGUAAACUUAACCCUACUAUUUAUUUCGACAUCACUACUAAAACAGCCUUAGCCCUUCCAGAUCCCUCUAUAUUUGAACAACAUAGGAAUAAAGAAUAGUCUGCCAGUUUUUUAUUUUCAUCCCCAUGUUUGUCUUUCUACUAUAGCUCAGGAUUCAUAGGUAUCAAUUCAAAGCAACCAAAAGAUUGUCUCAACACAACAUAAAAAAAAACACUGUAUGUAGCGGUGUCAGUCCCAUUUAUUUUUUUAUUCCCUUUUUGUAUGUCAAUCAAUUAACUUGCAAGGAGA